GCAGGCCGAGGAACUUAACGGUUUUUCAGUUGUUUAGUCUUAAACAUCUAGCAGUGGUUGACAGCCUAAAAAGUAUCUAUGAUCGAGGGAAUCGAAAGACGAAAUAGAUCGAUUGGUUAUUCACGUUUUCUUCACUUGGAUCGUUCCCUCGAUCAUCAUGUCACAGAUAAGGUAACAGUGCGGUGUCUGUCAAAUAAGUGCGAGGUGACGCGACGGGGGGGCUGACUUCGGUUGUCAAAGUUAACCAUCUUUUAAUUAUAUUGUUUCCGUUUUCUUCUAAUUUAAGAAUUAAAAUUACUACCGCGCGACAUGCUGAGACCCGUAGACAUUUACACGCUUCUUGCCAUUGUACAACAAUUAGUGCACUCGGAUGCCGACAUUAGUACAUUGACUCGAAGAAUACACCACAAAAAUGGUACCAUGAUUCCAAUAGACGUGUACAUCGGCUACACUAAUAAUCCUUGGGGACCUUCGGCGGUGUUGGAAAGCACAGCUGACCAAUCCAAAGAUAAAGAAUUACAAAAUCGAUCUAAGAGAAGUGCAUUUCAACUAUACAACAUGGUAGUAUGCGCAACUGGCUGUAAUCCAAUUGCUUAUCUUGGAUACGGUUGUUAUUGUGGUUUCCUUGGUUCUGGAUCUCCGGUCGAUCCUAUAGACAACUGCUGCAAAAUGCACGACUGGUGUUACAACGGCGCUGAUUGUCCAAUGUUCCUCGAGUACUUCACGCCUUAUGUGUGGACUUGUUAUAAUCAAAAACCAUUGUGCUCUUUAGGUGAUGGCUGUAGUCAGCGGCUUUGUGAAUGCGACCAACAACUGGCUUUAUGUUUAAAGCAUUACGGUUGUCCAAGACGAAAAGCGAUUUGCAAAUCUAGUGCAUGGAGAUGGUUUCAAAAUUUCCUAAUAUGAUUUGAAAAUCGUUUCUGGCCUACUUAUGAGAGUUCUAGUCAUUAUCAGUUAAAUUUUAACGUCGGCGAUGGCGUUAAUGGAUUAUAAAACAUUUUCAUGUUUUAAACAUACUGUGUAUGUUAAACAGUUAUAUUGAUUGAUUUUUCAUAUUGAUAAAUAAAAAAUAUAAUUUAUCAGUUUCCAGUCUAAUGAAAAAAGUUACCAAAAGAUACAUGUAAAUACAGAAUGGAUACAUCUACUUUCCAGUUUUAUAUUCAAUAUAAUGUAUUAAAUAUCUUAGAAUAGAAAUAAUGUUAUAAUAAUAUGUAUAUUCUAUUAAAACUUAUCCAUUAUGAAAAAAAAUUAAAGCCUAAGAUUUUAUUCAACU